AUGUCUCUUCGUUCAAAACGAGUUGUUUUUGAGAAGGCUUUUGCCGAAUUUAGACAGGAUCUGGAAAUUAUGUUUAAUUUCACUGGAUUAGAUCAAGUUUCGGGAAUGAAAAUGUAUCAAUUGGUGUAUGACAUGUGUACUGCUGCGCCAAGGCCACACACCGAAAAAUUGUUUAAUGCUAUAGCUGGAUUUUUGAAUGAUUAUACAAUACAAAUAAGAGAGUCGAUUUUAAAUCACGAUGAUGUAGUUAGUGCUUAUGCUAGAGAAUGGAACCAUUACAGUCUCGCAGCAAGAUUUUCUAGUAUGAUUUGCGAUUAUCUUAAUAAACUUUUGGUAAAUAACAAAUCACGAGCUAUAGCCGAUAGAAAAAUGACAGUACAAGGUGGUAAUUAUAGAAGACAGACCGUUCAAGCCUUGGCAUACCUUAUAUGGAAAAAACAGAUUGUUUAUACCAUCAAGGAAAAACAUUCUGAUCGAUUCAUGUAUCAGAUAUUUGAAAUGAUUCGAAGAGAUAGGGAUGGAGAAGAUACUGUACCAGAUGUUGUGUCAGAUGCAAUUAUAUCACUUGUUGAGCUUAAUAAUUUGACUGAGAAUCCUUUAAGUCUAUACAUUGAAGAAUUCGAGAAGCCAUAUUUGAAAAAUACGCGACGAUAUUAUGAAAGGGAAUCUGCCGCUGCUUCUCAAAGAUUAGAAGAGGAAAAGGCACGAAACUCGAAAUAUUGUCACCAAUCAUCACAUGUUACUAUAAUCAAAGAAUGCGAAACGCAAUAUAUAGCUGCACAUCAAUCAAUAAUUCAGGGUGAAUUUGAGGCCAUGAUAUCAAAUGAGAGAUAUGAAGAUUGUACGAUGGCCUAUACACUUUUGUCUUGUAUUCCUGACGGUGUAAAUCCUUUAUUAGAAAUAUUUGAAAGAUAUAUUACAAAUAUCGGUAAAGGAUUGAUAGUUAGGAUGGGAAAUUCUAUUGCUAAGGACCCUAGAGAAUAUGUAGAAUCUCUUUUGGAUCAUCAUUCAAAAUAUUUGACAGUUUGUCAAAAAGUUUUUGUCAAUGGUGCAGCUUUUGUUGCUGCAGUUGAUAAGGCUCUUAGGGCAAUUGUUAAUAAUACAACUAUAAAUCCCCUUGCUCAUUCUCCCGAGGUUAUGGCCCGUUAUUGUGAUGUAUUAUUGAAAAAGACUCACAAAGGAGGAUGGAGCGAACACGAAGUUGAAGAUAAAUUAAAUCGAAUGAUUAUUCUCUUCAAGUAUAUUGAAGAUAAAGACGUUUAUCAAAAGUUCUAUUCUAGAAUGCUUGCGAAACGUCUUAUAUAUGGAAAUUCUGCGUCGGAAGAAGCGGAGUUGAAUAUGAUUUCCCGAUUAAAAAAUGCAUGCGGUGUUGAAUAUACUAGUAAAUUACAAAGGAUGUUUACUGAUAUCACGAUUAGCGCAGAUGUCAAUAAAGAUUUUUCCGAUUUUCUAAAAAAAAAUCCGAUGAAUAUUGGAGUUGACUUUUCUAUCUUGGUAUUAACUGCCGGUGCUUGGCCAUUAACACAAAUUUCAGCUACUGAAUUUCAAUUGCCAACAGAGUUGGAAAAGAGUGUGACUCAUUUUUCAACCUUUUAUAGUAGUCAGCAUAGUGGUAGAAGAUUGACAUGGUUAUGGCAUUUGUCUAAAGCUGACGUGAAAUUAACGUACCUUGACAAGCGUUAUGAAUUUUCUGUGUCACUUUAUCAGCUUGGCGUUUUACUUUUGUAUAAUGGUGCUGAUAUGUUUACGUUUAAAGAAAUAAUAGAACAUACAGGGCUUAAUGAUCAAGAAUUGAGAAGGGUUAUGAAGCCAAUGAUAGAUUUGGCGGUAUUCAUAGUUUCCAAACCUGGUGGUACUCUUAACGAUGAAACUGAAAUAAGAUUAAACUUGGAAUUUUCAAAUAAACGAAAUAAAAUUAAGGUUAGCUCAUCAUUACAAGCUGAAACACCACAAGAAACUGACGCAACACGAAAAGCAGUUGAUGAUGAUCGAAAACUUUAUCUCCAGGCUGCUAUAGUGCGCGUUAUGAAAUCACGAAAAACUUUAACACAUGCACAAUUAAUAAAAGAAGUUAUUGAUCAAGCAAAAUCACGGUUUAUCCCCAACGUACCAAUGAUUAAAAAAUGUAUUGAACAAUUAUUAGAGAAACAAUAUCUUUCAAGAACAGAGAAUAAGGAUAAAUAUUUUUAUAUGGCAUAA